AUUAAUUUAGCACGAUAACUAACAUACAAGUUGUAAACUUAUUAGUGAAUUAGCAGUUUUGUGAUUGUGAGUGAAAAUGUCGAAAUCGUUGUUUUGUAUGCUAUUCUUUCUUGCCACGAUAUGUAUGUAUACAUCUACUGCCCAAUCGUCGCCGUCUUCUUUAAAGGUGGGAUUUUAUCAACGGACUUGUCCCUCCGCGGAGGCUGUUGUGAGGAAUGUAGUCAACAAUGCGGUCACUAGGAAUCCUGGUUUAGGAGCUGGCCUUAUUAGAAUGCAUUUUCACGAUUGUUUUGUUAGGGGUUGUGAUGCUUCGAUUUUACUUGAUUCAACCCCGGGAAUUCCAGCUGAGAAAGACAAUGUAGCAAAUGACCCAAGUAUGCGAGGUUAUGAAGUGAUUGAUGAAGCAAAGAAGCAGCUUGAAGCUCGAUGCCCACAAACCGUCUCUUGUGCAGAUAUCAUAGCCUUUGCAGCACGAGACAGUGCUUCCAAGUUAGGAGGGAUAAACUACGUUGUACAAUCAGGUCGUCGUGAUGGGAGAAUUUCACUUAAGGAUGACCCUGACCAAAACUUACCUGCACCCUUUUUCAACCUACAACAACUACAAAAAAGUUUUGAACAAAAAGGCCUUUCUGUGGAGGAAAUGAUCACCCUUUCCGGGGCUCAUUCUAUUGGAGUUUCGCAUUGUUCUUCUUUCACCAAAAGACUUUACACCUUCAACGCCACACACCCACAAGACCCUUUAAUGGAUCCUAGAUUUGCUAAUAUGUUAAAAUCCAAGUGCCCUAGUAAUAAUGCUCCUAGCAAUGUUGAUCCAACUAUUGUUCAAGAUUUCAUCACACCUAAUAGAUUGGACAACAAGUACUAUCAAAAUGUGCUAAACAAAAGGGAUCUAUUGACCUCGGAUCAAAGCCUAAUGAGUAGUCCUACGACAUCGAGUGUGGUGAAGAACUACAAUAGGCAAGGUGGUGUUUGGGCUAACAAGUUUGGUAAAGCUAUGGUUCAUAUGGGUUCAAUUGAAGUUCUCAUUGGUGUUAAUGGUGAGAUUAGAAAGAAUUGUAGGAUUAUUAAUAAUUAAUUAAGUUAUAUUUGGAGGUUGUCUUAAUUAUUUUUCGGGUUAGAGUGUGAUUGUGGGUGAAGGAUUAUUUAUUUAUUCUUUUGAUUUGUAAUGCAAGUGUAUUUAUGUCUGUAAAGUAUUAUUUAAAUGAAUGAGAUCCAGUUUUAAUUGGCGUUUUAUUACAUACUCGUAUAAAGUGGCUAUUAUGUAAUACUCCAUCAUAUUAUAAUUAUUUUUUUUAACUAGCUUAGAUCUCAUACAACGCACGAUCUUUGACAAAAAUUUUACAAUGGAUUGCAAUCUGUUA